AUGGCCAACAACAUCCCCACACCGCAUUCCGAAGCUUGGGUUCUCCGACAAACGAAUGUCUCCAAUCCCUCGGUCGUCAUUCGCACCCGACCCUCGCAACUCUCCAUUUCCGCCUCGGAGUCGUACUACUCCCUCUCCUCCUCCAACAACUCCACCCGCAGCGCCGACUUGCUGGGUUCCGCUCUUCCUCCCCCCAACAUCGUUCGAUACUCGACUCCACCCUCACGAUACCGAACUCCCCUCCAGUCGCGAGAACUUCUCCCCGCACCCCUUCAACCACAAUCCCAGCAUGCCGGUGUGCGUGUCGAAGAAGACGCACCCUYCCGAAAAACGCCCAUGAGAGGUGAGGGCAAGCGUCGAUCCAGCAACACCCAAGACCUCCCUCAAGAACCCCUCCCCUCACAACAUCAACAACAACGACAUAGCGGCAUCCAACGAAAACCCGUGCCGGGCGUCAUGGCAGACAUGGACCGCAUCUCUCCCACCCACGCCCAGAGUUCGGCCGCCAAAGACAUGGACCGCGAAUCCAACGCCCCAACUCCCGGCCUGGAUGACACGCCCUACAUUCACUUUGCCCUCGACCAACUCACGCGAGAUGAGGAGGUGCGAGGGAGCCGACAUUAUCCCAUCCAAGACCCUCCCACCAUCUACCGACAAGAAGCCACCCCCAUCAACAUUCCCUGGCCGGCGGCUCUGCAACCCCAACACCGCUAUGAGACGGUGUCGCAGGAGGAGCACUUCGAUACCCCCCGACCACAUUCCCUCUCCUUGACUCAGGUCGCUCCCGCACGGAAUCCCCAUCGUUUGUCCGCCGUCUUGCAUCCACAGUCGGAGAGGGAUCUGGCCGCUCAAUCGGGGCCCAACCUGUUCAUUCCCGCUGCACAUUCGAGACACACCGACUUCAUCCCGGGCACAUUACGACCGCUGUACUUGUCCAUGUUCCUCGCAUCCCUCAUCCUGUACAUUGCCUGCCUCGUCUUGGCUGCGGUGUGGAGUCGCAUCAACACGGGCCUCCUCCGCUACGGUGCCUUCGGGGAUGGAAGAUAUGUCCUCUUCCAAUACAUUCCCGCUCUGCUGGGAAUCCUCCUCUGGUUUGGCCUUGUGCAAAUCAUCACCGCCGUCUACAGGAUCGCUCCUUUCAUCGCCAUGUCCAACGCUUCCUCCCCGGAGUUGAGAAGAGCGGGACAGACUCUCCCGCUGCAGCCGACGAGUUUCUUCCUGCCUUUUCUUGGCCAUUUCCGGGCUGGUCAGCCCGUCAUCGCAGUCUUCCUCCUCCUGGCAUGGGCGCAGAUCUUCACCAUUCCUCUUCUGGGAAGCGCCUUCAACGUCUACCAAGAUGGUCAAGGCCAAUGGCAAUGGAUUGCAGUGCAAGGUGUCAUUUGGACCGUCAUUGCUCUCUACAUCCUCCUUGCCAUUGCUCUCAUCGCCCUGACAAUCAAUCUUCGACACGCCACGACCGGAUUGAAGUGGGAUCCCCGCAAUUUGGCAGACAUGAUUGUUUUGCUGGAACGCAGCAACGCUCUCGACGACGCACCAGGCGAGAAUGUCCCGAAGCUCGGCCAUUGGCAAUCUGUCCACCGACCCACCGACAUCUUCCACACCUGGGGGAUCGAGAAUAAGCCCGCACGUAGCUACGGUAUCGAGGCGGGGAGAAUCACCGAAAAGCGCUAUUCCAACCCCGACGCCGAUCUCGAAGCGGGAGGAGAGCGUCUCUCCAAGGAAGCCUUCCUCCCCAAAGGCACUCGACCUGCAUCUUCCUCCACCACCCCUGCCCACCAAUCCACCCCGAUCCCCUGGUUCUUGACUCCCUUCUGGGCACUCUUGUGGCCUGUGGUUGCUCUGGUCCUCCUUCUCGCUUUCCUCAUCGUCGCCUACCUCCCUACAACCUCCCUCCGCAACCCUUUUGCCCCUCUCGUCCCUUCAGCAGUCUCGACAUUCGGCUUCAGCGGGACAAACUUCCUCUWUUCGUUCCUGCCGACCCUCUUGGCAAUGAUCUGCCUGCUCGGAUGGAUGGACUUGGACUUUGCCACACGUUUGUUGGCUCCGUAUGCCUCCCUCACCAAGACCACCAAGACCACCCUCACCAGCAAAAGCGGCCGGACGGAAGAAGUCGGCGAUAUCGCGGAGCGAACCCUCUUGGUGUCCUACUCCGCAGACAUGCCCAUCCUCGUCACCAUCUCUGCCAUGGUGAAUCAGCACUAUCGCGCAGCAAUCACAAGUUUCAUCACCCUCGUCGCCGGCGCUCUUCCGAUCCUCGCCAGCGGAAUCUGGUGGGCGGAAUUCUACAUUGGAGUUCAACGAGUCGGUGUCUCCACCCACUUGCCAGGCUUCUACGCYCUGACCGUGUUCGUGGUAAUCUUCGCUCUCGGGUGGAUCUUUUGCAGCUGGCAACCUGCUUCUCUCCGACAUUCCGCGCAUCUCCUUCCAGAGCAUGUGAAUACCUUUGCGGGAAUCCGAGAGUUGGUCAUGGAGAGUCAGAUUCUGGACGAUGUUGCCUUUCGAGCGCCGAUGGGAAGGACAGAUCUCGUCACGAGAUUACUUGCCGGCAGAGCGCCGAGGGUCGAGAGGGUUGAUGGGGUGGAGAGUAAGAGAGGGAGUGGGGAUGUGACUACUGCUCAGGGGGUGAGGUAUGGAGUUGGGAGGUGGACUGGACGGGAUGGGAGGAGCGGGUGGGUGGGAUUGGAUCGGUGGAGGGGGUGA